UACAUCUGCACUGUAAUAUGUAUACGCAGAUGAAGAACACAGUUUUAGUUUACAGCUCCUUUAAAGCUAAAGUAUUUUUAGUACUGAUGAGGACGAGUACUUGGACGCUUCAGAAAACGAGGUCCCACUGACAAGCCUUGACUUUGACAGCUUCGACAGUUAUGUAAGUGAAACGGAAGAAGAGAAGGAAGUUGAUGGUGAACGGGAACAGGUCAAUUACUGGACCCAGAAUACCCCAGCGAAAUCGUUUUACACCCGCAGCAAGGAUAGCGGCCUCGUGGUUACUGCAACCGACAAACUGCGUUGUCUGCACGAUCAGUUCCGUAAGAAUGUACUGACUUUUAGCCAGAAUUGCAGGGUGCAGCAGCCUGUCUCCGAAACGCCGUGUUCGAGCCUCUCCCGUUCCAUAUGCUGCGGCCACGGCGCAGAAAAAUCCUCUUGUCGCUCCUCUCACGAAUCAGACGAAUCUCCUUGUUCGUCGUCAUUUGAAGAAGAGGAAUCAGACACCGGUGAUGGUGACAGUUCAGAUUCAGAGGCUGAAAAUCAGCGCUUUGUCUUGGCUCUAAGCGAAAUGACGCGCAAACAGCGACACCCGGCAAGACUUCAUAAAGAACUGUGGUUCAACGAGCCUGGACAAAUGAAUGAUGGACCAUUUUGUCGAUGUAGCUGGAAAACGUGUCAGAAAGGAAUUGCUCAUAACAUAUAUCCUGGAGAGAAGCUACCUCCUUGUCGUGUCAUCCGGUGGAACAUAGAAUACCGUAUCGUGCUUGUAGCCGAGGAAGCGCCGGAGCUUUUUGUCAUAGAAGAUCUCAAUUUAUUUCGUGAUUACUUUUUCGUCGAGCUUCUCGAACUGUAUGACGUUGACGUGUUCAACAUGCAAAAAGCCGAAAACACUUGUUCUAUUUUUCAUGUCAUGCCACGUUUCACUCGUAGCAUCGAAGGUAUAUGGCUUUAUGCAUUUAGACAUUUUAGUUGAAG